AAAUAAAAGAGAAAUUGAAAACCCCGUAGAAAAUGGGAAGGAGUGGCUCCUUAUCUUUCAAGAACCAGAGUUAGCCGUUCUCUUUGCUGUCCGAGAAUCGGUUCAGACGCUUGGUUGUUAAGUUUUAUUAUGGCUGCUUGAUGCAGCGCAUUAUGAUUUCUCAAGCAUUUCAUUUGUUGAAUUGGAAGUAUCAUUUGAGGUGCGUUGAGUUGGAGAAGUUGAUUCAGUGGAUGGUCCAUUUCUGGAGAUGGUUAUUCUCUUGUCUUGUACUGAACUCUCUAGCCUAUGGGAGACGUCAAAGAUACUGCAUUCAGGACAUUUGAGCUGCAACUCUUCUGUGAAGGGAGAUAUGUUGACUUCAUCUGUUGCUUUAUGCAAAGCUAGGCAUGAUGUCCCUGUGUUAGUACCUUCUAAACAAAGAGGAAAACUUUUCCCAAGGAACUUAUGGAUUAAAUCUCAUACAAGGAUGCCUUUGGGUAGCAUGUUUGGAUCCUGGCUAGUAGAAAGGUCUAUAGCUAUCCGUCUAUUCAUUCCAGCUCGCACUAGAGAUGGGAAUGUUACUGUGAAAUGCUUGAACAGCAAUUCUUCCAUCCUAAAGCAGGUCUUUAGUGACUUUAUAGAUGAGGAUAGUUUUUUCUCAGAUGAGAUUGAUACAGCUUCAGAUUGUGGCAAAAGUAUUUCAACCGAACCUUUGAUCAUUGAGGAGCCAUGGUUAUGCGAGUCUUCCCUGCUUCUUCAUCAUUUGGCAGAGUCUGAUGCUUCUGGUGAUGUCAUUUGUGACGACAAGAUUGUUGAGGGUCUUGACUGUGAAAAUUUAGAAUCAGGAUUCUUAAAUCAGUCCACACUUAGUGAGACUUUAUGGUCCAAGUAUCAGGUCAAUGCUAAUGAUGCUUCAUCAGGAACCUUGUGCACAACAUAUGCCCAUGUAGAGGAGCCCUGGCUAUUGCAAGCAUGUACGUCAUCUCCUAGUUUUGAUGCUGAGAUGGCUCCUUAUGACUGUGAAGUUGAACAGUCAGAUAAUAAGGAUGAAGCUCAACCUCCAUUUAGCGAUCAACUUGAACAGUUAGCUCAACCUUCAUCUAGCAAUCAACAUGAACAAAUACCUGAGAAGCUGUUGGAUGUUGAUCAAUGUGAUGCUAUUUCCAAGGAAGACUCUUUCACAACAAUUAUUCUGAUUAACUCUUCGGUUUGUACUGUGCAAAGAAUUGCUGUUUUAGAAAAUGAGAAACUGGUUGAACUGCUGCUGGAACCAGUGAAAAAUAACGUGCAGUGCGAUAGUGUAUAUCUAGGAGUAGUUACAAAAUUAGCUCCACACAUGGGUGGUGCAUUUGUAAAUAUUGGCACUUCUAGACCCUCCUUUAUGGAUAUAAAGCCCAACAGAGAACCAUUUAUUUUCCCUCCAUUUUGUCAUGAUUCAAGGGAAAAGGUAAUUAAUGGUGCUGCUGUUGACAUGCUUGAAGAGAACCUAGGUCUUCCUAGAAAUAAAUCCACUUUAGAAGAAGUGGAGGCGGAUGAGAUUGAUGAUGCUGAUAUAGAGGAUGAAUCCAUGGAAUACAUGGACAGUGAGUUUGGGGACCAUGAAAGUGGUGAUACUUGUGAUAUUUUAGAAGUCCUUGCAGAAAAUUGUAAUGGUAGUGUAACUGAGCAUGGGCUUGAUACUCAUUCAGAGAAAUAUCCAGAAGAAUCCAGUGGAAUUGGGUACCGAGGGCAGAAUCCAACUAUUGAGCAUGCUAUGAAUGGUAAGAAAGUUUCACAAAGAGAUGAAAGCAAGUGGGUCCAGGUCCGAAAAGGCACUAAAAUAAUUGUGCAAGUUGUUAAAGAAGGAUUGGGUACGAAGGGCCCAACACUGACUGCUUAUCCGAAAUUAAGGAGCAGAUUCUGGGUUUUAGCUCCUCGCGGCAACACGAUAGGUAUUUCAAAGAAGAUUGCUGGUGUUGAGCGCACGCGUUUAAGGGUCAUUGCAAAAACUUUACAGCCUCAAGGAUAUGGUCUUACAGUAAGGACAGUUGCAGCUGGUCAUUCACUAAAUGAAUUGCAGAAAGACUUGGAAGGGUUGCUUUCAACUUGGAAAAGUAUAAUUGAGCAUGCAAAGUCUGCAGCUCUUGCCGCAGAUGAAGGUGUUGAUGGAGCAGUUCCUGUUAUGCUUCACCAGGCAAUGGGCCAAACACUUUCUGUUGUUCAAGAUUAUUUUAGCGAUAAGGUGAAGAGUUUGGUGGUUGAUUCUCCAAGGACAUAUCAUGAGGUUACAAACUAUCUUCAAGAAAUGGCACCUAAUCUUUGUGAAAGAGUUGAGUUGCAUGGUACAAGAACUCCCCUGUUUGAUGAAUACAACAUUGAAGAAGAAAUAAACAACAUUCUCAGCAAAAGGGUUCCCCUUGAUAAUGGAGGUUAUCUAGUGAUCGAACAGACAGAGGCUUUAGUCUCCAUCGAUGUAAAUGGUGGACAUUGUGUGCUUGGUCAAGGGACUUCACAAGAGAUGGCUAUUCUCAACGUUAACCUCGCAGCUGCUAGACAAAUUGCUAGGGAAAUAAGGCUGAGAGAUAUUGGUGGCAUUAUUGUGGUGGAUUUCAUAGAUAUGUUGGAUGAUUCAAAUAAGAGAUUGGUCUAUGAGGAGGUCAAGAAGGCUGUUGAGAGAGAUCGAUCAACAGUUAAGGUGUCUGAAUUGUCCAGACAUGGGCUUAUGGAGAUUACCAGGAAAAGAGUUCGACCUAGUGUGACAUUCAUGAUCAGUGAACCAUGUAUGUGCUGUCAUGGUACAGGGAGAGUGGAAGCUUUAGCGACUGCAUACUCUAAGAUUGAACGUGAAAUUUGCCGGUUGCUAUCCACUACGGAUCUGAAGGCAGACCCUGAAAACCCCAAGUCUUGGCCCAGAUUUAUUCUCAGGGUUGAUCAGUACAUGUCUAACUAUUUAACUUCAGGAAAGAGGACAAGGCUAGCUAUCUUGAGUAGUUCUCUCAAAGUUUGGCUUCUUCUAAAGGUUGCUAGAGGUUUUACCAAAGGGACCUUUGAGCUAAAACCUUUAACAGUUGACAAGGAGUAUAAGGAUGAUGAACGUGAAACAUCUAUUUCAGUGUUGCGACCCACAGAGGGUGGAUUUCACCCCCCUCGGAGAAAAGUCACCAUCUUCCCAUCAAAAAGUGGAAGAGUAGUGGAAAGUGAUCGUCUGUACAGCUCUCAAUUCACAAUGCACAUCCAGAUAUGGUUAGCAUAAUUUUAUUAGCCAAUUCUUUCUUCCCUCUUGAGUUUUUCUCGUCGGCUUGUAAGAAAUAGCUAGUUUUGAGGAAAUCAAUUUUGCAUAGCA